AUGCUCUUGCCCCGACUAUCUCUCUCCUCUCUCCUCUUCUCUCUCCUCGCAGCCACUACCGCAACAGCUUCCUCUUCCUCCCUCACCAUCACUAUCCCGCCAUCCAACAUUCUCCCCAACCCAAACGCCCUCCUCGCUGGCACCCAUGCGACCCUCACGUCCCUCCCUUCCUCAGAUCAGGAGAAGCAUAAUCAUCCCCUGACCGCUCCGCUCACCCGAUCCGCGACCUUCGUCUUCCGCCAUCUCCCUUCGAAACUCGCCCAGCCCGAGUCCUACUUGCUAGAUAUUCGGUCAGCAGAGUACGUCUUCGCCCCAUAUCGCGUCGAUAUCUCGGCGGAGGGUAUCGUGCUGGGUGUAUGGGAGACUUUCCGGGGGAAUACAUGGGAGAAUCGCGGGGCGGAGAAGUUUGUUGUCGACGUUGCAGCCAAGAAGAAGUCGACAGAUGUAACAGUAGAAGCCAAAGUGCUGGCCAGACGGGGGUUCUAUGAGGAACGAGCUAAAUUCUCACCCCUUUCGUUGUUUAAAAACCCGAUGAUUUUGCUUGCUGUUGUGGCUCUGGGAUUCACUUUCGGGAUGCCAAAACUCAUGGAAAAUAUGGAUCCUGAAUUCCGCGAGGAAUUCGAGAAGCAGUCUCGCUCAUCCCCAAUUUCUGGCGCAAGCCGACAGGCCAUGGGUGGCGGGGGUGCUGCAAACUUCGACCUAGCCGGAUGGAUGGCUGGUACAGCAGCACCCGGGCCAGUAGCAAGUGCAGAUGCGCCUGCCCAAAGUGCAGCAAGUGGCAGGGAAAGCAGUGGUGCCACACGGAGAAGGGGUUAG